AUGGUGAGAACACAGACUGAUGUUGAUUAUGUUGGGGAUAGAGUUGUGGUUGAACCUAUUGAUGUGCCUCUUGGGACAACAUAUGAACAACUGUUGGAAAUGAUAUACUCAGUCACUGACAUCAAUAAAGAACAUUUUCGAUUAAUACUUAGUUGUAAGUAUCCUAUGAAAAAAGGGAACAAAUUCCAACCUUGCCCAGUAAAGAAUGAUAGUGGUGUAGCUCGAAUGUUAGAAAUGCAUAACAGAUUUGGGAUGGAUGAAGUUGAGUUAUUUGUUGAACAAGUACCUAUUGACUUACAAAUGAAUUCACCACUUGGUAAUUGCAUGCCUUUGUUACUUGGUGAAAAUGAUGGUACUAGUAAUGUUCAAAAUCCAUUUACUGUUGAGCAUAGAUCAGAAGAGGAUGAGGAAGAGGAAGAAGGAACACAAUGUGAUGAUGACAGUGUAGGAGCCGAGGAUAUUCAUAAUGAUGAUAAUCAAGAUAGGGAAGGUAGCUCGCCUUUUUUAGCUGUUCGUGAGGCAAUUGAAAGAGAACAAAUGAGAUAUGUGGCUGUGGAUGGGGAAGGAUGUAACUUGUCAAACAAUCCAGAUACAGAGGAUUUAUUUGAAAAUGUUGAAAACAUUGGUCAUGUUGUGUCAAGUGAAUGGACCCCAUGGGGAAACACUCUUAUGGGACAUCCAACUGGAGAGUUCAUAGUUGGACAAAUCUUUAAUUCCAAAGGAGAUUUGCAACAUGCUGUAAAGAUGUACUCUAUUAAUUCGCACCAAGAGUAUAUCGUUUUGUCAUCCACAAAGAAAUUGUUGGUCCUAAGAUGCAAGAAAGCUGAACAGUCUCAAUGUGCUUGGAGACUACGUGCUACAGUUGUUAAAGGGACAUCUUUAUUUGAGAUCAACAAAUAUAGUGGCCCACACACAUGUGUCAAUCCUUGCAUGAACCAAGAUCAUCAUCAGUUAGACUCAAACCUGAUAGCCGCCCAUAUAGAGGGAAUGAUUAAGACACAAUUCACACUUUCAGUGGCUGCCAUUCAAGCAAGUGUUGUAGAAAGAUUCGGGUACCAUAUCUCAUACACUAAGGCUUCGAAAGGCAAGCGUAAAGCAUUAACUAAUUUGUUUGGUGAUUUCUAUAAAUCAUACGCUAAACUGCCACAUUUUUUUGGUGCCUUAGAGCAAGCCAAUCCAGGAUGUGUUGUAAUUUCUAAAACAUUCCCAGGAAAUAUGCGAAAUGAAGAGGUUUUUCACCGAGUCUUUUGGGCAUUUCAUCCUUCCAUAGAGGGCUUCAAGCAUUGUCGUCCUGUGUUAACUAUUGAUGGUACACACUUGUAUGGGAAGUAUAAGGGCACUGUAAUGAUUGCCAUGGGCUGUGAUGGAAAUAAUCAAUUGUUUCCUCUUGCUUUUGCAUUAACUGAGGGUGAAAAUGUUGAUAGUUGGGGAUGGUUUUUGGCAUGUAUUAGAAAUCGAGUAACUCAAAGGAGGGGUCUUUGUGUUAUCUCUGAUCGUCAUCCGGGCAUUAUGGCUGCGUUUGCUAAUGUUUAUCUUGGUUGGUCUGAGCCAAAUGCAUAUCAUCGAAUUUGUAUGCGCCAUCUUGCUAGCAACUUUAUGACUCACUUUAAGGACAAAUGCUUGAAACAACUUUUAUGUAGAGCUGCCUUAGAAACUAAGGUAGAAAAAUUCAACAUGCAUAUGGAGACAAUUGGGAGAAUCAAUCAAGACGCACUCAGUUGGUUGGAGGCUAUUCCCUUUGAGAAAUGGGCACUAUCACAUGAUGGAGGUCGACGAUAUGGCAUAAUGACUACAAACAUGUCAGAAGUGUUCAAUAGUGUGCUUAAAGGGGCACGAAGUUUCCCUAUCACCGCAUUUGUUCAAUUGACAUUCUAUCGAGUUAAUAGUUACUUUGCUGUAAGAAGAGAACAUGGUGCUAGUCGACUUGCUUCAGGUGAACAAUACACUCCUUAUGUUGAUGCUAAGAUUAAUGCAAAUGUUGUUAAGGCAGGUUCUCAUGAGGUUGUUUUGUAUGAUCACUUCCAAGGAGUGUUUCAUGUGAAGGCCAGUAGGGGUAGUAAAAAGACAUCAUCUGGUGGAAGAACACAUCGUGUUAACCUACGUGAGCAUGUAUGCACAUGUGGCAAAACACUCAUAUAUGGAUUCCCAUGUAGUCAUAUUUUAGCGGCAUGUCAUUUUCGUUCAAUUGAUUUUAGAUCAUUUGUUCAACAUUAUUACACUAUACAAUCGUACUUUAGCACUUGGGCACCACUGUUUAACCCGAUACACAAUGAGUACGAGUGGCCACCAUAUGUUGGUCCAGUUAUUGUGCCUGCAGAUUCAAUGAAACGUGUGUCAGGUGGACGACCUAAAUCUACUCGUUUGCACAAUGAAAUGGAUGUUAGAGAAGGUAAAAACUCAGUUACAUGUGGUUUGUGCAAACAAAGUGGUCACAAUCGUCGUUCUUGUCCAAAUAAGAACAUGGGUGCUGGGCCUUCAUGA